CCAGUCAACUCGCUCCCGCUUCCCCUCCUUUUCCCGCCCCUCCCCUCUCCUCCUCCUCCACUGCCGGCUGGAGCGCGACACCAACAUGGAGCUGGAAGAUCUACCGUGGCCUGGCGAGCUGGAGGAGGAGGAGGAGGAGGAGGUGGAGAACGCGUCAGCGGCGGCGACCGAGGAGGAGGUGAAGGCCGGGACCUCUCAGGAGAUUUUGGGAGCGGAAGAGGAAGAGGUCGAAGAGGAGGGGCCCGAGGUGGGUUUGGAUUUGGAUUUGAACUGCGAGUUCCAGCCGCAGGAGAGCACGGACGAAGAGGAGGACGAGAUGGCCAAGGCCUGGCUGCAGGCGCACCCUGCCCACACUGUCGGGGCUUGCCCUCCGCUCCCACCCCCGCGGCACGUGUACGCGCCGGUGGAGCAUCUGAGCGAGACUGAGAGAGCAGAAUCUUGGAAUCAUCUUCCUCAAGAAAGGGAUCCUUCCCAAACCUUGGAAACAUCCCAGACCGAGACUGAUGUGAGAAUAGAAGGAACAAAAGUGACAGACUUCCCCUCUCAGGAGGGAGGUGAAUUGGCUCAGGCAGAACGUCCAGUUACGGAACCAAAGCUAAAUUUCUUAUGUUCUCCAUUGAUAGUCAUACAGAAUAACUUUGCUACUCCUGACUUGCCUUUGCUGACAUGUUUGAUACAACACCAGGAAUUUGAGUCUGAUUCCUUGUUUCAACAAAGUGAACUAGAAUUUGCACCUUUGAGAGGGAUUCCUGAUAAGUCGGAAGAUACUGAAUGGCUUGCUCGGCCAUCAGAAGUUAGUGAAGCUUUAUUCCAGGCCACCUCAGAAACAUCUUCCGAUUUAGUUAACAGUUGCCUUAGUAUAUCUCAACAUCCACUUACAGGUAGCACUUUUGGGUCUCAGCGCUCUUUCCCAUCUGAACAAGAGAAUAAUGGAGAGAAUGCAACACCUAAUGCUCCUGAUGAACUGAAAAGCCUGAAUGACUCUGAUAAUUAUGAUAAUGCCCUGCUUUCAUUUAUGUCAUGGCAGAUGGAAAAGGAUUCUCAGCAGCCAGAAGGCAACUUGGCUGAUAAAGACCAAGUUUCUGCUUCAGCUAUAUCUGAUGUUAGUGAUGAAAGCAUAGAUGCUGGAAGAAACAACAGUUUUGGUUCUGCUUGUUCACAAGAUCAGUAUUGGGAACAGGAAGCCUUACAACAGACAGAAGCAUGUCUAGCCAGUAAGGACCAGACUUCCUUCCCAUGUGAAAACACUCCUCCUCCUAGUGAAAUGCCAUAUUCUUUCCUGCGAUGCAUGUUGGAAAGAGGAAAAGGAGCUCCCUUUACCUCUGUUAACCAUCUUAAAGAUGUUUGUUUAGGGGCUCCUGCUGCGGUUGAGCUGAGGCCAAAGAUGGAUUCUUUUGAGAGCUUUGAAGGAAAUGAGCAUCUGCAGAAAGAAUUUUCUUAUUUUUUUAAGCAAAAGGAGAGGAGAGAUUUUUUGGUGUCAUCUCAGGUACAUGCUAAAGCUCCAGAGAUAAAGUAUAUUGGGAAGGUUGCUGUCCCUAAUAGUCAUGAACAAGUUUCAGAAGCAUAUAUACUCUCCAGAGGACUUGAAUUCUCUAAGCUGGAGGCUUCUGGUGGUCCCUUUUCAACAGUUAAAUCCAACUUGGAUGAAACAUCAGAACAACUGUAUUUUCAAGAGGAAAGAACCCAAAAGGCAGCUUCUACUUUUGGUGAGAAAAAUGUUGAUGCUACUGAAAAUGUAGCCUUUGAGGCAGUUAUUGCCUCAAUUGAGUCUUCUAAGCAAGAGAGUCCUAUAAGGGGAAUCCAAACUGACAUCAAUAAGCCAUUAGCAGAUGACAGCCAAGAGAGAGAACCCCCAAAAUCAGAUCUUUCUCCAUUAAAUUAUAAUGAUGAAAACUCUUUCAUGGAUAAACUUAAGCAUCCAAAAUACCAGUCUACUCCUGGGGUGUUUGAACCAGCAGCUUCAAAACCAUUGUUGCAUAAAGAAGAUGAUGGUGGUAGCUCCCUAUCUCGGGAUCCAGAUUUAAAGUCACCCCCUAAUGCUCCUCAGAACAUACUCAAAGGACUGCAGGGGAAGGCUGAGUCUGGCAUUGUUACUUCAUAUGGUGAUGCUGAAUACUCCAGCCUAUAUAAAACUGCUGAUGUACACAGUGAAAGACUUGCUGAAUUGCAAAGAGAGGUAGACCAUUCUAAUCUGGGCAUUAGCCAGACUUUUCCAACUCCAUUGCCUUCAUUUGUUCCUCAAGAACCAACCAGUGAGUCAAAUUAUCCUUUCCCCAGGCUCAGAAUGUUGAGGAUAUCUCCUGAUACUCUGCCAACAGCUCUUACAGCAGGAGACACUUCUAAAGGAGGCAAAGUUGCAAUUUCUCAAUCCAAGUUGAAACCAGAUAUCACUAAUACUCUUGAAGAUUCAGACAUUGCAGCACACUCAUCGUUGUCCUUUGAAGGGUUAUCUCAUUUUGCUGUUACACCUGAAGGCCAUCUAUCUGAAGAGGCUCCCAAAGCUUCAGCUCAUCUUGGAUUAGCUAACCAAAAUACUGGGACAUCACCUGUAAUCCCUACUUCCUAUUCACAAAGAGAAAAGCCCAAUAUUUUACAUCAAGAUGGUUAUCGAACUGAUCAGGAACCAGCAGUUUUAGCAUUUCCUGGACAAGCUGACCAGAAGAAUGGUUUAUCAACAAUGACCCCUACUUCAUAUUCACGAAGAGAGAAGCCUGGUAUUUUCUAUCAGCAAGUCCCAACAGGUGGUUAUUUACCUGAAGAGAUUCCAAAGGCACCAGCUACUGGGACAUCACCUGUCAGGACUAAUUCCUAUUCCCAAAGAGAAAAGCCCAAUAUUUUACAUCAAGAUGGUUAUCGAACUGAUCAGGAACCAGCAGUUUUAGCAUUUCCUGGACAAGCUGACCAGAAGAAUGGUUUAUCAACAAUGACCCCUACUUCAUAUUCACGAAGAGAGAAGCCUGGUAUUUUCUAUCAGCAAGUCCCAACAGGUGGUUAUUUACCUGAAGAGAUUCCAAAGGCACCAGCUACUGGGACAUCACCUGUCAGGACUAAUUCCUAUUCCCAAAGAGAAAAGCCCAAUAUUUUACAUCAAGAUGGUUAUCGAACUGAUCAGGAACCAGCAGUUUUAGCAUUUCCUGGACAAGCUGACCAGAAGAAUGGUUUAUCAACAAUGACCCCUACUUCAUAUUCACGAAGAGAGAAGCCUGGUAUUUUCUAUCAGCAAGUCCCAACAGGUGGUUAUUUACCUGAAGAGAUUCCAAAGGCACCAGCUACUGGGACAUCACCUGUCAGGACUAAUUCCUAUUCCCAAAGAGAAAAGCCCAAUAUUUUACAUCAAGAUGGUUAUCGAACUGAUCAGGAACCAGCAGUUUUAGCAUUUCCUGGACAAGCUGACCAGAAGAAUGGUUUAUCAACAAUGACCCCUACUUCAUAUUCACGAAGAGAGAAGCCUGGUAUUUUCUAUCAGCAAGUCCCAACAGGUGGUUAUUUACCUGAAGAGAUUCCAAAGGCACCAGCUACUGGGACAUCACCUGUCAGGACUAAUUCCUAUUCCCAAAGAGAAAAGCCCAAUAUUUUACAUCAAGAUGGUUAUCGAACUGAUCAGGAACCAGCAGUUUUAGCAUUUCCUGGACAAGCUGACCAGAAGAAUGGUUUAUCAACAAUGACCCCUACUUCAUAUUCACGAAGAGAGAAGCCUGGUAUUUUCUAUCAGCAAGUCCCAACAGGUGGUUAUUUACCUGAAGAGAUUCCAAAGGCACCAGCUACUGGGACAUCACCUGUCAGGACUAAUUCCUAUUCCCAAAGAGAAAAGCCCAAUAUUUUACAUCAAGAUGGUUAUCGAACUGAUCAGGAACCAGCAGUUUUAGCAUUUCCUGGACAAGCUGACCAGAAGAAUGGUUUAUCAACAAUGACCCCUACUUCAUAUUCACGAAGAGAGAAGCCUGGUAUUUUCUAUCAGCAAGUCCCAACAGGUGGUUAUUUACCUGAAGAGAUUCCAAAGGCACCAGCUACUGGGACAUCACCUGUCAGGACUAAUUCCUAUUCCCAAAGAGAAAAGCCCAAUAUUUUACAUCAAGAUGGUUAUCGAACUGAUCAGGAACCAGCAGUUUUAGCAUUUCCUGGACAAGCUGACCAGAAGAAUGGUUUAUCAACAAUGACCCCUACUUCAUAUUCACGAAGAGAGAAGCCUGGUAUUUUCUAUCAGCAAGUCCCAACAGGUGGUUAUUUACCUGAAGAGAUUCCAAAGGCACCAGCUACUGGGACAUCACCUGUCAGGACUAAUUCCUAUUCCCAAAGAGAAAAGCCCAAUAUUUUACAUCAAGAUGGUUAUCGAACUGAUCAGGAACCAGCAGUUUUAGCAUUUCCUGGACAAGCUGACCAGAAGAAUGGUUUAUCAACAAUGACCCCUACUUCAUAUUCACGAAGAGAGAAGCCUGGUAUUUUCUAUCAGCAAGUCCCAACAGGUGGUUAUUUACCUGAAGAGAUUCCAAAGGCACCAGCUACUGGGACAUCACCUGUCAGGACUAAUUCCUAUUCCCAAAGAGAAAAGCCCAAUAUUUUACAUCAAGAUGGUUAUCGAACUGAUCAGGAACCAGCAGUUUUAGCAUUUCCUGGACAAGCUGACCAGAAGAAUGGUUUAUCAACAAUGACCCCUACUUCAUAUUCACGAAGAGAGAAGCCUGGUAUUUUCUAUCAGCAAGUCCCAACAGGUGGUUAUUUACCUGAAGAGAUUCCAAAGGCACCAGCUACUGGGACAUCACCUGUCAGGACUAAUUCCUAUUCCCAAAGAGAAAAGCCCAAUAUUUUACAUCAAGAUGGUUAUCGAACUGAUCAGGAACCAGCAGUUUUAGCAUUUCCUGGACAAGCUGACCAGAAGAAUGGUUUAUCAACAAUGACCCCUACUUCAUAUUCACGAAGAGAGAAGCCUGGUAUUUUCUAUCAGCAAGUCCCAACAGGUGGUUAUUUACCUGAAGAGAUUCCAAAGGCACCAGCUACUGGGACAUCACCUGUCAGGACUAAUUCCUAUUCCCAAAGAGAAAAGCCCAAUAUUUUACAUCAAGAUGGUUAUCGAACUGAUCAGGAACCAGCAGUUUUAGCAUUUCCUGGACAAGCUGACCAGAAGAAUGGUUUAUCAACAAUGACCCCUACUUCAUAUUCACGAAGAGAGAAGCCUGGUAUUUUCUAUCAGCAAGUCCCAACAGGUGGUUAUUUACCUGAAGAGAUUCCAAAGGCACCAGCUGCUCCUACUCUGAGUAACCAGCAGAAACUCCCAACCGGAGUUUCUACCUCUUACUCACAAAGUGAUAAGCCUGGUGUUUUCUACCAACAUGCCUUGACAGGUGGUCGUUUGCCUGAAAAUAUUAUGAAAACUUCAGCUGCUCCUGGGACUACUGACCAGAAAUUUGAUGUUCCAGUUUCACCCCCUACUUCCUACACAGGACCUACUGUUUUCUACCAACAAGAGUUGCCAAAGAGUCAUUUAAGUGAAGAGACUGUGCGAGGUUCAGCUCUUCCUGGUCCAGCUGCCCAGAACAUUGGGAUAACUGCACUGCCCUCUGCUUCUUAUUCACACGGAGAGAAGCCACAUACUUUCUAUCACCAGGCUUUCCCAGAAAGUUAUUUGAAUCAUCCGGCUUGGAAAGUUUCUGUUGCUCCUGGAUCUGUUGACCAGAAAAUUGGAGCAGCAGUAGUCCCUUCCACCUAUUCACAUGAUGUAAAGCCUGGCAGUUUUCCCCAAGAAGAGUUGCCAGAUAGGCAUUUUACUGGAGAGACUCAGAAAGUGUCUCCUGUUCUUAGGCCAGCUGGCCAGAAGCCAGAGGUGUCAACAGUACACUCUAGUUCUUAUUCAAAGGGAAUGAAACCUGGUAUUUUCUAUCAACAUCCUCUGUCAGACAGUCGUCCAGGCAAAGAGCCUCUGGAUGUUUUAGCUGUUUCUGGAUCAGCUGAGAAGACCCAUUCCCCAACAGUAACCUUUGCUUCCCAGCCACAUAAAGAGACAGCUAACGCUUUCUACCAGCAGACAUUAUCAGACAGUCAUCUAACGGAAGAAGCAUUGCCUGUUUAUGUUAUUCCUGGCCUACGUGACCAGAAGACUCCUUUACCAUCAGAAUUGCCUGUUUCCUAUUCUCACAGAGCAAAGAACCUGCCUGAAGAUGUGAUAGUUUCCACUGAUUCAGGACCUGCUGACAAGACGGCUGACAUUCCAACAGUGUCUUCUAGUUCCUACCAGCACAAAAAGAAACCUACUGUUCCUUACCACCAAGAGUUGCCAGACAGACCUGUACCUGCAGGUACUCAGAAAGCUUCACUUGUAUCUAGAUCCGUUGACCAGAAGUCUGGGACUUCUCAUCCAUAUGGUGAGAUGCCCAGUGUUUUCUAUCAGCAGGAGUUGCCAGAUAGUCAUUCAACAGAAAAAUCUACAAAAACAUUGAUCCCAGGCCCAGCUGACCAGAAGACUGACCUGCCAACAGUACCCCCUACUUCUCCAUCACAUGCAGAGAAGCCUAUUUUCCCCUACCAGCUAACCCUUCCAGGUAGUCACCUGCCUGAAGAUGCUUUCAAGGCUUCACCUGUUUCUAAAUCAUCUGAUGAACUAUCUGGAAUAUCAACUAAAACCUCUGCUUCCUACUCAAAUAAAGAGAGACCCAGUAUUUCCCAUCAGCAGAAGUUUCCAGACAGCCGCCUAACUGAAGAUGCGCAAGUCUCGGGCACAACUAGAUCAGAAGACCAGAAGACAGGGACAACAGUUUCAGUGUCCCCUACUUCCUAUUCACAAAAAGUGAGGCCUGGUAUUUCCUACCAACAGGUCCUGCCAAGUCAUCUAUCCGAAGAGGCUCUGCAAACUUCAGCUACUACUAGGCCAGCUGACCAAAGCAUUGCUAUGCCAAUUGUAACCUCUACUUCCUCCUCACAAAGAGAGAAGCCUCAGAUUUUCUACCAGCAGGCCCUGCCAGGUAGUCAUUUGCCUGGAGAGCCUCUGAAAGUUUCAGCUGCUCCUAGACCACCUGACCAGAAUACUGGGGCACCAGCAGUAUCUUCUAGUUCCUACCUCCCUGGAGAAGAGUCCAUUAUUUUUUACCAACCUGGCUUGUCAGGUAACUCUCUAUCCGCAGAGACUUUCAAAUCUCCAGGGAUUUCUGGAUUAACUGACCAGAAGACUAGCAUACCAGCAGGACCAUCAGCGUCAGGUUCCCACCCAGUUAGAGAGAAGUCCAUUAUUUUCUACCAAAAUGAUUUGCCAACUAGUCCUCUAACAGCAGAGACUUUGAGAGUGGCAGCUGUUCCUGUACCAACUGAGCAGAAGACUGGUACACCGGCAGGACCUUCAGGUUCCCAUCCAGUGGAUGGGAAGUUUAUUAUUUUCUUGCCAGAUGGUCAUCUUCCUAAAGAAGCUUCGGACGUUUUAACUUCUCCUGGAGCAGUUGACCUGAAGACUGGGGAGCCACCAGUAUAUUCUAAUUCCUAUUUUGGAGAAAAACCCAUUGUUUUCCACCAUCAGGCCCUGUCAGAUAGUCAGCGAACUGAAAAAGGUCACAAAGUUUCAGUUGUUUCUGGACCAGCUGACCAGAAAACUGGGCUACCCUUCAUCACCUCUUCAUACUCAAGUCUAGAGUUGCCAGAUAGGCCUCUAACUGAAAACACUGGGCAAGUUUCAGUUGUUCCUGGACCAACUGACCAGAAGACUGCGAUACCAACAGUACCUUCUGCUUCCCACUCGUAUAUAGAGAGGCCCACUGUUUCUUACCAACUAGAGUUUCCAGAUCGUAGUGAAAAAGCUUUGGAAGUUUUAGGUGGUGCUGGACCUACUGAACAGAAAACUGAAAUACCAGUAGUGCCCUCUAUUCCCUAUUACGGAGAGAGGCCUAGUGGUUCUUACCAGCAGGAGUUGCCAGAUUUUCCUGAAGAAGCUUUGCAAGUUUUAGGUGUUGCUGGAGUAGUGUCUUCUAGCCCUUACUCAAAGGAUGAGAUGCCCCUCAUUGCUUCCCAGCAGGAGUUACCAGAUCUUACUAAAAUAUCUUUGAAAGCAGUAGGACCUGGCUCUACUGAUCAGAAAACUGAGGCACAAAUAGUUUCCUCCUCAAGUAGAGAGAAGCCCAGUGGUUUUUAUCAACAGGAACUGCCAAAUACUGGUGAGGAUGCAUUAGGUGGUUUUGUUCAUCCUGGACCAUUUGUUCAGAAGGUUGAGAAAGCUACAGUGCCCUUAACUUACCAUCCUUCACAGGAAUUGCCAGCCAGCCAUCUCCCAGAAGAGUCUCUGAAAGUGUCCACUGGUUCAGCACUUGCAGCACAGACACCUGGGACUCCAACAGGGCUGUCUAGUUCCUACUUCCAUAGAGAAAAGUUCAGUGAUGUUUAUCCAAAGGCCUCACCAGAUCAUGUUCUAACUGAAAAUUCUCUGAAGGCUUCAACUGUUCCUGGAGUAUCUGACCAGAAUAGGAGACCUGCAGUCUCAUCUGGUUCCCAUUCACAUAAGGAGAAACACAAGAUUUCCGCUGCAGAUCUACUGGAUGACGAGAAGUCUGAGUUGCCAACAGUUACUCAUAGGUCCUACCUACAUAGAAAGAAGCCUGCAGUUUCAUCUGGGAUUGGACCAGAUGAUCAGAAGACUCCAUUACCAACAGCCUUUCAUGGUUCCUAUCUUCAAAAAGUAAAACCUCUUGUUUUUAUUCAAAAACAGUUACCCGAUAGAGAUCAUUAUGAAGAUAUUCCGAAGAUUUCAACUGUCUAUGAGUCAACUGCUGUAAACACAGGUGUACCAGUACCUCUGCCUGUUUCUUAUGCACACAGAGAGAAAUUAGAUACAUCCCGUGGAUUCCCUCAGGAACUGCCAGACAGAUAUCUAACUGAAGAUGCUCUGAAGGUUUCAAGUUAUCUUGGUCAAGCUGAACAGAUUUCUGGUUUGCCUAUAGUUUCUCCUGGUACUUAUUCACACAGUGAAAAGCACCAACUUGUCUCAGAACAUGUCCAAGAUAAUUUGAAUUCUCCUGAGUCUUAUUCUCUCAUUGCAAACAGUAUUCCUUUAAAUUCGCAGAUUGAUGAUGGAGUUAUAUGUAAGCCAGAAUCUUCAGGUUUUGGCGAUGUUGGUUAUGAGGAAACCCAGCAUAUAGAUCAUGGUUCCAAAACUCUUAAAGAAAUUCGGACUCUUUUAAUGGAGGCAGAAAAUAUAGCACUGAAACGAUACAAUUUCCCUGCUCCCUUAGUUCCUUUCAGAGAUGUUAACGAUGUUUCAUUUAUAAAAUCCAAGAAGGUGGUUUGCUUCAAAGAUCCAUCCGUAACUGAUAUUUGUACUCAGAGGGAGGCAUUUACAGAGGAAGUCCCUCACGUUGAGUGUAUACAGAAGGACAUUGGCACACAGACAAACCUCAACUGCCGGAGCGGUGUUGAAAAUUGGGAGUUUAUUAGUUCAACUACGAUUAGAAGUCCUCUACAGGAAGCAUACAGCACAAGAGUAGCAUUUGAUGAAACUUUCAGGCAGUAUGAAGCUUCCAGGUCCGUAAUGAGGUCUGAGCCUGAAGGUUGCAGUGCAGGCUUUGGGAAUAAAAUUUUUAUCCCUAUGAUGACAUUCAUAAAGAGUGACUCGAGUAGUGAUGUAAGUGAUGGUUGCUGCUCAUGGAACAGUAAUUUACCAGAGUCUUUGGAGUCGGUGUCUGAUGUUUUUCUAAACUUCUUUCCGUAUGCUUCAUCCAAGACAAGCAUAACAGAUAGCCGAGAAGAGGAUGGGUUCUCAGAGAGUGACGAUGGCUGUGGUAGUGUGGAUUCACUGGCUGCACAUGUGAGGUACCUUCUGCAGUGUGAAUCCUCACUGAAUCAAGCCAAACAGAUACUUAAAAAUGCCGAGGAAGAGGAGUGUCGGGUCCGAGCCCACGCCUGGAAUCUAAAGUUUAAUUUAGGACAUGACUGUGGAUACUCCAUUUCAGAAUUAAAUGAAGACGACAGGAGGAAAGUAGAAGAGAUAAAGGCAAAGUUGUUUGGUCAUGGAAGAGCAACUCACGUGUCUGAGGGCUUAUGUAGUCCACAGGGAAUAGGAUGUGUGCCUGAAGCUGUGUGCGGUCACAUUGUUAUUGAGAGCCAUGAGAAAGGAUGUUUCAGGACUCUUACUGCUGAACAACCACGACCAGACAGCCGCCAUUGUGUUUUCCAAUCUGUUGAACCUUCAGACUCGAUUAGAGGACGACGGAGCCCAUCAUCAUGGAGAGGCAGGCACAUCAACCUUUCCAGAUCAAUAGAUCAGAGCAAUACCCAUUUGAAAGUUUGGAAUUCCUUUCAGUUACAUAGUCAUCCCCCAUUUGAAAAACUUGCACCCGAUGACAUCAAAAUUAGCAAGGGUGUUGGAAUGCCAUUCCACACAAACAUGGACUCCCACCCAUUGGGAUUAGUAGAACCUACUUUUGUGCCAGCUAAAGAAAUGGAUUUUCCUUCCCCUGAGUCCAUGAAGCAGUUCACUACCUCCAUCACUUUUUCUUCUCAUGGACAUUCUAAGUACAUUUCUGAUACCUCUGUUUUUAAGAUUGGUGUUACUACUGAAAGUAGCCAGGAUACUGGACCAUCUUUAGGAGUGUUUAAGUCUCGUAUCCCUGAAGAGCAGAUUUCUCCUAGAGAUCUUAAACAGAAAAUCUUUUCCCCUUCAUCACUUAAAAGACAGAGUCAUUCACCGGUGACUAUUUUAGCUGAAGAUAGUAGGCAAAGGCACAAAUUACCUGCUGAUUGUGAGCAUUCUCAUCAAAAACAAAAACCCUUAGAGAGAUCAGGUUUUAAAGCCAGUCAUUCUGUACCCAGUGUCACUUCAAAUUGUAGCAAUUUCAAGGGAGUUCAUUUUUCUGGUAAGGAUACCAUUAUUAGCCCAGACAAACUAAGUUCUACACUAGAAGUAAAAGAGAAGAAUGUAACUGUAACACCUGAUCUUCCUUCUUGUAUUUUUAUUGAAGGACGAGAGCUCUUCGAACAAAGCCACAGCCCACAUACAGAUCACCAGAUGAGAAAAUAUUCUUCUCCCUCUUGUCCAGACAUUGCUUCUUGCAUUUUUCUUGAACAGCGAGAACUAUUUGAGCAGUGCAAAGCCCCACAGGUAGAUCAUGACAACAGAGAAGACCAUUCUUUCUUUCCUAAGUGCCAGGAUUAUGUAGUUGCAGAUCUUCCUUCUGAUUUUCUUGAUCAGCAGCAAUGCAGAUCCCCAGAUGUAGAUGACGAUAUGAGAAAAGAGCAGUUCCCUCUUUCUCAAGGUCAAGGUUGGGUAGUAGAAAAGAUUCAGCAUAUGCCUCAGUCACACUUUUCGAAUAUGAUAAAUGUUGAUGCCAAGGUCAGUAAUUUGAUCUCCCAGUCAGCCCCUGACCACUGUACAGCUGAUUCUCCUCCACCUUCAAAUAGAAAAGCGCUUUCAUGUGUUCGUAUAACUCUUUGUCCCAAGACUUCUUCCAAGUUGGAUAGUGGAACCUUAGAUGAAAGGUUUCAUUCAUUGGAUACUGCGUCUAAAACAAAGAUUAAUAGUAAGUGUAACUUUGAUCUUCGAACUAUACCUUCAAGGUCAUUGGAACCAACCUCCAAAUUACUGACCUGUAAACCUAUAGCAAAGGAUCAAGAAUCUUUAGGUUUUCUAGGACCUGAAUCUCCACUGGACUUGGAAGUCACCCAGUCUUCUCUUCCAGAUAGUAAGACUAUUUCUCAGGACUUGAAAACCAAACUUCCUCAGAAUAGCCAGAUAGUAACCUCAAGGCAAACACAAGUGAACAAAUCAGAUUUGGAAGGAUAUUCCAAACCAGAGGGGACUCCAGUGUCUGCAGAUGGUUCACCAAAGCAGAGUAAGGCUCUCUUUCCUUCAUCCUCUACAAAGUUAUCAUCUGAUGCGAUCACUCAGAUAACAACAGAAAGUCCAGAAAAGACCACGUUUUCAUCUGAAAUUUUUAUUAAUGUUGAAGAUCAUGGACAGGAAGUUCUAGGCCCCAUGGCCCAAAAGCCACCCGAGCUUGCCUCAGUAUGCUCAGUGCAACAAAUCACAUCUUCUCAUGGCAAAGACGGUCAGCCAGUACUGUUGCCUUAUAAGCCAUCUGGUAGUUCGAAGAUGUACUAUGUUCCACAACUAAAAACACUUCCUUCAUGUCUGGAUUCCAGAUCAGAUACCACUAUUGAGAGCUCACAUUCAGGGUCCAAUGAUGCGAUUGCCCCAGACUUUCCAGCUGAAAUGCUAGGCACAAGAGAUGAUGACCUCUCAACCACUGUGAACAUUAAGCAUACAGAAGGGAUCUAUAGUAAGAGGGCCGUGACAAAGGUGAAAAAACCCCCUCAGAAAGAUAAUGCAGGUUCCGGUGAUACCACUGUACAAGACAAAGAAACUGAAAACCUGCCAGACACUGAAUCCAUUAAACAGAAGGAGGAGAUCCAUGUUAAGAGGACCAUCCCUCAGGAAUUCUGUCCAGAGAAAGAAGGAUCCUUAGAGAUAGAUAUUUCUGAGUCUGAAUGUCAUUCAGCAUUUGAAAAUACCACUCACUCUGUCUUCAGGUCAGCCAAGUUUUACUUCCAUCAUCCAGUACACCUGCCACACGAGCAAGAUUUCUGCCAUGAGUCUUUGGGAAGGAGUGUAUUCAUGAAGCAUUCUUGGAAGGAUUUCUUUCACCAUCAUUCAGAGCACAGCUGCCUUCCUCCCCCCGGCCCAAUUGCAGACAAGACCAAGAUGGAUUACACCAGAAUUAAGAGUCUCAGUAUCAAUUUGAAUUUGGGAGAAAAUGAGAAGAUGCAUACUCUCAAGAAUCAGGCCAAAGACCCAAAAGGCAAAAGACAGACAAAUGACCAAAAAAAGGAUCAGAAGGUCACUCCAGAGCUAACAACACAGUGCACCAUGAGUUUGAAUGAACUUUGGAAUAAGUUUCAGGAGCGACAGAAACAGCAGAAAUCACCUGGCAAUUGUGAUAAGAAAGAACUCUCUUUGGUGGAACGACUUGAUCGUUUGGCUAAACUGCUUCAGAAUCCCAUCACACAUUCACUGCAGGCCUCAGAAAGUACCCAGGAUGAUAGCAGAGGGGGCCGAGGAGUGAGGGGGUGGAGGACCGGGAAGAGGCAGCAUCAACAGAGAGGCAAGUUGCAGAGGAAGCAAUGUAAGAGCCUAGAGAGGGGUCACAAUACAGGUGACUUUAGGAAAAGCAGGGUGCUUUCUCAUUGUGGUGGGAAGUCCAAUAAGAUUAAGAUUGAGCAGGUUAAAUUAGAUAAAUACAUCCUGAGAAAACAGCCGGAUUUUGAUUAUGCCAGCAAUACCUCCUCGGAUUCUAGACUCUCAGAGGAAAGUGAGCUCCUCACAGAUAGUCCCAACAUUUUUUCCAGCACUAAUUCUCUUAUGGACUCUGAUGUAUUGACCCAGACUGACAGGGAUGUGACUUUGAAUGAAAGGAGUAGCUCCAUAUCCACCAUUGACACAGCCCGGUUGAUCCAAGCUUUUGGCCAGGAAAGACUGUAUGUGUCACCCAGGCGAAUUAAAUUAUACAGCAGUGUUGCUAAUCAACAGAGGAGAUAUCUGGAGAAGCGGUGCAAGUACAGCAAGAGUGCACUGGGCACAGGCUAUCCUCAAAUGACUUCUGAGCACACCAGAAGGAGGCACAUCCAGGAGGCAAAUCAUAUUUCUUCUGACUCCAUUUCAUCUGCUGGUAGUUUCUUGACCUUGGACUCUACUCUUUACAACGGGGAAACUGUGCACAUGUUGAACAAGGGUGUACAAGCUGGUAACUUGGAGAUUGUGACUGGCACCAAAAAAUACACUCGGGAUGUUGGGGUGACUUUCCCAACUCCCAGUUCUAGUGAGGCCAGACUGGAAGAAGACAGUGAUGUGACUUCUUGGUCAGAAGAAAAAAACAAAGAGAAAAGGUUCUUUUCCAAUUAUCUGCAGAACAAAAACUUAAGGAAGAUCAAGCCAAACUCCUGUGAAGGCGUCUCAUGGUUUGUUCCUGUGGAAAGUAGGAAGUCUGGAUCUAAGAAGGAAAACCUGCCUAAGAUUUACAGCCCUGGUAUCGCCUGGUUUGAACCAGUAACCAAAAACAAACCCUGGAGGGAGCCACUGAGGGAGCAAAACUGGCAGAAGCAAUGCAUGAGCCGUGGGCGCCUGGGAGGCCCAGGCGGAGACGGUGGCCGGGUUCCUCUUAGGCCGUUUGUGAGAGCAACCCUGCAGGAAGCUCUUCAGCUUCACAGACCUGAUUUCAUCUCUCGCUCUGGGGAGCGGGUAAAGCGCCUGAAGUUACUGGUUCAGGAGAGGAAGCUGCAGAGCAUAUUCCAGAGUGAGCGGGAGGCUCUGUUCAACACUGUGCGGCCCCUGCCCAGAAGAGUCGUCCUGACUGUCCAGAGCAACACGCCUAUUGGAAAGAAGGAAAUGAUCCAGAGAACCAAACGGAUUUAUGAGCAGCUUCCGGAAGUAAAGAAGAAGAGAGAAGAGGAGAAGAGGAAAUCAGACUAUAAGUCCUACCGGCUGCGAGCUCAGCACUAUAAAUCGAAAGUGACCAACCGACUCCUGGGGAGAAAAGUGCCUUGGGACUGACAUAAGACUGCUUUCCUCAAAGCCUAGGAAUACUUUUUUGUAAACCUAAAGAAGCUAGUUUAUACUUUAAUGAGUCAUUUAAUAAAGCUUUCUCUUUGUCCAUGUGUAA